AUGGCCAACAUGGAACAUCCUCCUCGGGCGUCUUCUAGAUGGCCCGCACCUGGACUUCAUGUCAAUCUUGAGUUUGGACUUUCUUUUGCCCAUAACGAUCCACCACAUACCGCUUCGAUGAAGUACACAUCAAAAAACAUGCAAGAAAGGAUGUAUUAUCAACAGCAAGGACUGUACAGGCAACAAAACCCACAGCGCGUGAUUCCAGGGAAUACGCAAGAAAGGGUGAAUCAACAGCAGGAGGGGCUCUACAGGCAACAACCCCCCCAGCGCCUCAUGCUAGGGAACACGCAAGAAAGGAUGUAUCAACAACAAGAAGGACUGUACAGGCAACCAAACACCCAGCGCCUGAUGCCGGGGAACACCCAAGAACGUCAUCCUCGCUCACCACAACGACAUCGAAGUUUGGAGGUCAGGCCGACAUAUGAAUCCGAAAGAGGGCGCUCAGCUCCACCGACUCUACGGCCAAUGAGUCCAGUCAGCCCCAUGAGUCCGAUUGCUCCGCUGCAGCAUACUACAAGUAUGCCAAUAGAAGGAAUAGACAGACGGGACAGACCGCUUCCUGCUACACCAUCUCGAUUUCGUCUUGGUGAAGAUGAUUUGCCCUGGUCCACUGAACCAUUUUAUCGGAUUGAAGAACCAGGGGUUGUUAGUCCUAUUAGACCUGCCAUGGUUGAGAUCGAACUGGAGGGAAGACGCACUGAAGAUCCCCAGCGCGUGAGGGAGUUGGAGGAGUUGCACCAGGCAAUGAUGACGGUGGAUAGUCUGGAUCAUGACGGAUGGGAAGCAUGGACUUGGGACAGCGUUGGAGAUAUUCCAAGAGGUCCAAGAAGUCUCGGGUGGGCUAUCAGCACGACCCCGGCCUCAGAAGAGUGCUCUCAAAAUAAUCUCGAACCCCCGCCUCCACCAUAUGUUGUCAGUCAAUGGGAGUCGACGUUUGGAGGGCAGCGUAUCAGGCCACGAAGUGCCUUUUCAUAA